CAAAAGUCGAAGGAUUUCAGGCAGAAAAUUGUACCAAAACCUGGGAAAAAUGUAUUUGUUUCGAGAACCAGAGCAGGAAAAACAUUUUGUUAUGCAGCAUCAGCAUUGAUAAGAUCUGGUCUAACAGUUGUAUUAUCUCCAUUAAAGGCAUUAAUAGAUGACCAAUUGAUUGAAUUUAUAAACAUAGGAGUCCCAUCUGCAAAACUAUAUAGAUUUGAAAAGCAAUUGUUGACCUACCAAGAAAAAUUUUUAUCUGAAAUUGGUUCUGGAUUAACUCACAUUUUGAUUGUCACUACUGAAAAAUUUACUAAUAAUUUUACCUUUUGGAAUAUGUUAAAAUCAAUUAAAUCUUCUAGAGGAUUAUCAUUCAUU